AUGGCCCAGCUCCAGCACCUUCCUUUUCUAUCUCGUCGCCCCUCUUCUUCUUUUUCUCUCUUCUCUUUCCUUCGUCUCUUCCUCCUCUUCCUCCUUUUCACGGUUCGGCCUGUGGAUUCGACAGUGGUGCCGUCGAAUAAUUCCACCGAGCUCUCAGUGUCGGACAACAAGCGAUUUCAUCUUGGCGGCAAUCAGGUGAACCUCGAUCAGCGCAUCGACCUUGCCCCGUUGACCCGAUCGCUCCUCAAUCUCAGUCACCGACAAGUUAGGGAUUUCAACCGCACCGGGACUCUAGUGUCAACCACCGGGUCACCACCGCUGCGAAAUUCUAGUAUCGCCUUCGUUCCCUGCGACUCGUCGGCAUAUCCAGGAAACUCAAACGCAAGUGAGGCCUUGGACCGGAUCCUGACCUCGCGACCGAAGCCGUUGGCAGUUGUACUCUACAGCACAUCAGCAUCCCACUGCGACUAUACGGAUGAUCAGCACAUCAACUUCGACGACAUAUUCACAUUACUAGACGCCGAUACUGCAAGGGACAUUGAGACCCAACUUGGAUCAGCAGAUCACUCAGGAAUAUCCUAUAUCGUACCGAAUAUGGCGUCGUAUCCGGGCCCUAUGCCAACCGCCGAUAGUGGCGGGGGUACAGACAGCCCUAAUACAGCUAUGAUUAUCCUUUACAGUAUCACAGGUAUCAUUACGGCGCUAUUUCUCUCCAUCAUUAUUACGGGCGCGAUCCGUGCUCAUCGUCACCCCGAGCGAUACGGCCCGCGGCAACGGCCAGGGCGGCCGCGGCAGAGUCGGGCAAGAGGGAUGGCCAGGGCGAUGCUGGAGACGAUCCCAAUCGUCAAGUUUGGGGACAAUGACAACGACAAGUUGGAGGGAGAUAAGGGAGAUGUGGAGAUGUCGAUAGCGUCGGAUACCCCGGUGUCGCAGCUACGAGAAGAUGAGCCCCGCCAGCCACCAAUGGCGACUGGUGGCACCACGUCGCCGUCGCCUCAAGAGGCAUUGCAAGAUGCUGCCACGUCUACUCCCGAGCCCAAACAAGAGCGACGUACUGGAGCGACUGGAGUGGCCGAAGCUGAAACCCCUACCGACCAUCCCAACUUCUCCUGCCCGAUCUGUACCGAUGAUUUUGUGAAGGGACAAGACCUGCGCGUUUUGCCAUGCAACCAUCAAUUCCAUCCCGAGUGUAUUGACCCGUGGUUGGUCAAUGUUUCGGGAACCUGUCCUCUUUGCCGUAUCGAUCUCAACCCACCUCAGGCCGAAGGCGAGAAUAACGAGAACCAGGAGGGUGAGAAUCGCACCGAAGAACAGGAGCCAACUCCCGAGCCCGCCACGGAGGAAACGCCUACACAUCGUCAUCGCCGCAUCAGCAACUACCUGCAUGGUACAUUGAAUGCUCGCCGUAUGCGCGACGCUAGCGUUGAGGAACGACUUGCAGCUCUUCGAAGUGUGCGUGAGGAAGCCAACCGUGAGCAACAGGAUGAAACUGACGAGCAACAACAACGCCGACGACAUCGUUUGACCGCUCGCUUCCGCGAACGGUUCAGGAUCCGCACCCGGGCGCAUGGCGACGAGCCUGCCACUCCCCCUUCUCCUGCUCCUGCUCCUGCUUCCACGUAG